UAAUGACUGGGACGCAGUUCAGUACCAUACGUUCUGGAAAAGUAGCAGUUUGGGUUUGGACAAGUCAACUCUAACAAGAAGCUUUCUAAAGCAAAUACAAAUCAUAAAAGCUCAAGGCUCUGGAGCGGAAAAGGAAAACGCGAUACGUCUUGAAAAUCAAUUCAAGCUACCCAUGGAACUGCGUCUUCGCAUGGUUAUGGACUGCGUCUCCGCUACUACAGCUACCCAUGGAACUGCGUCUUCGCAUGGUUAUGGACUGCGUCUCCGCUGUUGGCUACAGCUACCCAUGGAACUGCGUCUUCGCAUGGUUAUGGACUGCGCCUCCGCUGUUGAAUCUAAAAGGGAUGGGCGCAUCGAUAACUUUUGGAUGAAGUCUUUACCUGGAUUGAAACAUCGUGAUUUUGCGGAGAAUAAAGAGAUAAACGCUGAAAAUUUUUUAAACGACAAACAGUUAUUGGACAUAAAAUGGCAUGAAAAUUGGGCCAAAUGGAGUACACUAUCAACAGACGAGGAUAAAUCCAUCUUCGAUUGUGCGCAAGAAGUCACAAAAACUUUUUUUACAUAUCUGUCUUCAGUGAGUUUCGAUGAGGAUAAGAAACUGGACGAAGAUACCUUCGUUCACCGAUAUUACCAUAGAAUUCUUGAAGAAAUUUUUAGUAAAGAUGAUUUUUCAUUAGUCUGGGCAAAUGGAGAGUCUGAAAGUUCGAAAGAAAGACGAAUACUAGAUGGAAAGAAUCACGGAAGAAAGCCAGACUUUCGUGUACUCUCAAAGAUAGAUGACAUAAAUAUGGAAUUUUUAUUCGGCGAAGUUAAACCUCCAGGCAAUUCAACUUUCAUAAAUAAAGGUAUCAUAAAGUUGGCGGAAUUCACAAAAGGAUCAUUAGAUCUCAUUAUUAAUAGUUAUGGUUAUGCUGACGGUCUGGAAACAUAUGGAGUAUUGAUUAGUGGAAACGAAAUCAAGAUAUUUAGCAUGGAUUUAACUUUUGACGGUUUAUACCGUUAUAAUCAAUUAUCAAAAAUAUUGUUGCCAACAGAAAACGCGAACUUCUUAAAUAUAAUUACUGUAAUAUCUACCUUUUAUUCUUUAUUGGAAAGGAUAAGAUCUACCAUUGCUACUAUGAAUUCAUCUCAACCAUUAUCAUCAUCCGGUCAUUUGUAUUGUCGAAAGUCAAAUUCGUCACCUAAAAAAAUAC